AAUUUUAUAAAAGCCCAGGCGCUCGCCGUCACAUAGUUUAGUCUGUUUCAGAUCCUCAAAUUGAACACAAGCUUUGGAUAACCUCAAGAAAAACGAAUCGCGAUGCAAAAAACUCUUUUGAUAUUCCUUGGCGUAUUGGCUGUGUGCUGGUCCGCCAGCGUGGUGGAACAACAGGCGUGCCAGUCCCAGGACGAGCUGUGGGGCGGCGAGGAUAUACGCAAAUUCUACUUCUGCAUCAAUGAUCAAGUAAUCGAGGAUGAGUGCGACACAGGCUAUUACUUUGUGAACAAUGCCACCUAUUCGGGCUGUCUGCCGGCGAAACUGUUGAAUCCGCAGUGCGUCAAUCUGGACGCCGUCGAGCCCGACUGCAAGGGCCUCAGCGCCGAGCAGCCACAGCCAUGCGAUACGCUGACCAACUUCUACCUGUGCACCGCCGAUGGCGUCACGAAGAUGUCCUGCGCGGACAACAAGGCCUUUGUCAACCAGGACGGUUAUCUGGGCUGCUUCCCCUGGGCGGAGUGGCGCCUGUUGCGCAAUUGCACCGAUGACUAAUCUAAUGAUGCGGAAGGAUCACCAGCUCUAUCUUUUAAUUUGGGAUUCUUCCGUGCCCACUUAUCGCGAUUGAAACUGUCCGAACUGAAUGGUUUAUUAAUUUCAAAAUGAUUGCAAAAUAAUUGAUAUAUGAGCGGCAUCAGAUAUGAUAAGCGCGACAUGGAUGGAUCGUUUGCGUCUCUGACACUUAUUGAAAAAUACACACACGCACGCAUGACA